AUGGGAAAUAAAAAGGAUACUCAGAAGGUCAAGGACACCAAGACCAACUCCAAGUGGUUACAACUAAUGCAGAAUUUAUUACCUAAGAUACUUGCAGAUGAGCAUGUGGAACAUUGCUUUAAAACACUCAAAACCAAUUGGAAUACAAUUGCAUUACUUCGUAAUAAGAAAAGCCGGCUUGGAUGGAAUGAUGAUUUGAAAAUGAUCACCUAUGAUAGGACAGUGUACGAUGAAGAAGUCAAGGCACAUCCAAAUCAUGCACAAUUUCUAAACAAGAAAAUUGAGAUGUUUGGUGAGAUGGCUUUGGUUGUGGGUAAGGAUAUGGCUACAGGAGGUUUUUCCAAGGGAGUAGGUGAUAUAGGUGUAGAGUCAUUGGAUGACUCACCUCUGCUUGUUGAUGUUGAUGUUGAUGACAUAUCCAAAAGAAGCAAGUUGAUCCCUCAUAUAUGGCCUCAAAUGAAACAAGUGGAUAUUGAUUGCAUAAUUUUGGUGGUUAAUAGUGUAAGUGCCAUGCUCAAUCAUGACAAGAAGCUGAGAAAGCUAUCUGCUACAAAGGUGUGGGAUGGUAAAACUUAA